CCCAACAGGGCGCCGCCAUCUUCCGUACAGGCACGCACACGCAAUUCAGACAUCCUCCAGAACGUGUGUUUUUUUUUUCUGCCUGUGUGCGUGAGGUAGGGGUCACAUUAUCCAACAUGGCAGCGCCGGCAAAGAAAUCGUUUGAGGUUUUUGUGUCCCGAGUGCCGUGGACAGUAGCGAGCAGAGAACUAAAGGAAUAUUUUUCACAGUAUGGAGUUGUAAAGAAAUGCCUUUUGCCAUUUGAUAAAGAAACUGGUUUUCAUCGUGGAUUUUGCUGGGUUGGUUUUGCCUCAGAAGAAGGUUUGCAGAAUGCAUUACAGAAGGAUGCACAUCUUCUGGAAGGAUCUAAACUCCAGGUUCAGCAGAACAAAAGGCUAGCAGCAAAUACAAACAGACAUGGGCAAGGAGAGAGCUGAACAAGAAAUUUUAUUGUAUGGUGGUUUAAAAAUUUAAAUAAACACAAAAUAAAAACACUUCUAUACAUGA